AUGCCCCAGGUACAGAUCACAUCAAGUUUGUGCUCGACGAGCCGAGAAAUCAGCCUACAAUGGGAUUGGGGUCACUUGUGCGAAAGAUUGAGCGAAUUGAGUGGUAUAUUGGCAGAGGACAUGCAUUUAGAAAUUGAAUACCAAGACGGCUCCAAGGAAACCGUUGAUAAGCCUCAAAACCGCACCGGAACUCUUAAGCAAGAUAUGCCCAAGGCCCCCGUAUCGAUCGUGGUCGUAGAUAACAACAAGAACUCUGUGGCCAGCGAAUUGGCCCAGGAGUUCGCGAACACUGACGAAACAGGCCCAGGGUUUCAGCUUUCCGAAGAAGAUUACCAGAGGAGGGCAGAUUCCGCACUGCAGUGGAAGAAACAAUCCAAGCUCGGCGAAUUCGACCCGCAGUACCGCUUGAAGCUGCAACAGGAUCUGGUGCGACAACAACACUGUGCCAGUGAGCUCACCGUGAACGAGCGGUGUCUUGUGACUGGUGGUCCAGCGGAAAGAAGAGGGUGGUUAAGGUACCUGGGACCACUGCCAGCCCCAAGGAAUCGCGGAACAUGGUGUGGUGUGGAGUUUGACGAGCCUUGUGGCAAGAACGAUGGGUCUUUCGAGGGCCGCGUAUUGUUUGGGCCUGUGAACCCUCGCUACGGUGGGUUUGUCAAGCCCAGCUGCGUCAAGACCUCUGCCGAGUACCAGCCCAUUGACGAGUUUGAAGGGCUUUCUGAUGACGAUGAACUGUAA